AUGGUGGGCCUGGCAGAUGAGAGCUGGCAGGCGAUCGCCUUAGCUAUGGCUUUCGUGGUCCUACAUCUUUUCCUGUCGGCGCGGGAGAUCGGCUCCUGUGUGACGUGGUUGUUCACGCCCUCAGAGGAGGACCCCUGGGCCCAAAGGCUCGAAACUGCGAUGGUGGAGUCGAGGAAGGCUAACAUCUUCCAGUUUGCCCGGUACGGCUCCUUCGCUGGAGCUGGUGGGCUGACCUACUUCAUCUACGCGUACUACACGAACCCCCGCAUGAGUGAGGCAAGCUUUGCCCUCGCAACCUUGGUCAUGUAUGUCCAGUACACGGCGAUCUCAACCCGCGCGCUCGAGCUCACCAUCGGCAGGGCGCAGUUCAGUUGCUGCCUUUUCUAUGGACUCUGCUGUCUCUGCUACCUUGAGCUGCCAUUCAUUGAGCAAGUGCAUAUGGACGCCCAGGCCUUUAACGUCACCUUGGUGGCCAUCCGCUUCAUCCUUGCUGCCGUGGCAAUCGACACAAGGCUUUCUGUGCCGUGGCAGCUGCUUCUUUCUGCCGGGCAGCUUUGGGCAGAUUUCAGUGGGCCCAAUGGCGUCCGCCAUCCGGCGUUUACCGUGUUUCUCCAAGGCGUCGUGCUGGGCCUGACCAUCUUCGGAUCCUACACGCUGGAGACAUGCGUGCAAUCCAACAUCCGGGCCCAAUUCCACCGCUCAGAUGCGGAGUCCUUGAUGGUCAGCUUUCGCCGGAUGCUGAGGGGCAUCUGUGAUGGGGAGGUCUUGCUAGACAGCAACCUUCGCAUCCACAGCGCCUCUGACUGCUUGAAGCACCUGCUCAUGACUAGCACCAACAUGCAUGGGAAGUCCUUUCAGCAGCUGCUUGAUCCGAGAGACCUCCAGAAGUUCCGCAAGUUCAUGGAAACCUCAGCAAGCACCGCGGCAGAGAGCACGAGCUCGCCCUCUUGUAUGCGGGUGUCCUUGCUGGGAGCGGCCAGCACUCGGAUCAGCGUGGACGUGUUUCACGUCCCAAUUUCCAAGCUGUAUGGCUCCCACGACCCCUACCACCUCAUUGCGCUCAAGGAGGACGGUGAGCAUCGAGAACCUCCUGCCAACAAUCACCCUCAGGUAGAGAUCCGACCUCAGCUCCCUCCUCGGCGCGCCAGCAGUGAGGCAUCUGCAGGCGCAGCCAUGGGCCUGCAAGGGCUUUUCAAUGAGAUUGUGGAGAUGAGCUUGCUGGUGGAUCCUUCGACCGCCUUUUGCGACGUGCGCCAGGUCAACCUGCGAUUCCGCAGAGGCCCUGGCGAGCGAGGUCCGAGCCUCCGGUCCACAGUCCUGCCGACGGAUUGGGCCAGUAUCAAGGAUGCAGUGACCCAGUUUGCCCAGAAAGAGGAGACGGGGCACGUGAUGCUGCCUACGCGCCUGCCAGCGAUCCGAUGCCGAAUGAUGGAUCAGAGCUCCAGAAAGUACAACCUGGCUCGCUUGGCGGAGUUGUCCUCGUAUAGAGGCACUAGUGGCCGGCUCUGGCUUCGUCUUGGCGACCUUGUGGAGGGAAACGAGUCUCGCGAGUACCCGAACUUGCAACCGUCAGGGAUGCCGAUUCGUCGUCUUCGACGGGCUCAGAUGUCUCACUCACCCUUCUCUAUGCAGGGUUAA